UUUUCCAUGUUUAAACGUUAAUAAGGACUUCGGGGAUGAUUUUGUAAGCAGAAAAGUGGGUGAUUUAUCAAAUAGGAAUGUGAAAUGGGCAUGUUUCAAGUAGGUCGUCUGGGCCCAGAACUAUGAUUGUUGCUUUCUGAACUUUGGGGGUGGGGGUGGGUGAUGUAGCAAUUGUUUUGCGUAGUUUGGCGUAUAUAUGUUAGAAUUUGUUUUUAAGUUUUACUUUUGGGAAACAGUUAAAACAACCCAGUGAUGGUAGAUUUGUGUGUGUAUUGAAAUUGAGUUCCUUUCGAUAUUAAAUCUUCCAGGAGUUGUAUUUUGUGCAGUUUUUUUUUCGAUGGCAUUAAGGCUCUAGAAGUAAAAUACUUCAAAAUACGGUUAUGGCUUAUUUUGGUAGCUAGGCAUGUUUUUUCUAUAGUGUAGGAGUAUGGUACACUGUGAUCGUAUUUUAAACAAGGGAAUAAGCCUACUAAACAAAAACAAAUUGUAAACCCAGUCACGUGGUGGUGGUGUGAUUCGGAUGAGGGUCCUGAGAACUGGAUCCGCAAUUUUCGCUGAAGACACAGUACAGAAGGGACGAGAAAGGCCUGAGACAUUUAAAUCAAACGGUAUUGAGAUGGAUUGGGUUAUGAAACAUAAUGGUCCAAAUGACGCUAGUGAUGGGACAGUACGACUUCGUGGACUACCAUUUGGUUGCAGCAAAGAGGAAAUAGUUCAGUUCUUUCAAGGGUUGGAAAUCGUGCCAAAUGGGAUAACAUUGACGAUGGACUACCAGGGGAGAAGCACAGGGGAGGCCUUCGUGCAGUUUGCUUCAAAGGAGAUAGCAGAAAAUGCUCUGGGGAAACACAAGGAAAGAAUAGGGCACAGGUAUAUUGAGAUCUUCAGAAGUAGCAGGAGUGAAAUCAAAGGAUUUUAUGAUCCACCAAGAAGAUUGCUGGGACAGCGACCGGGACCAUAUGAUAGACCAAUAGGAGGAAGAGGGGGUUAUUAUGGAGCUGGGCGUGGAAGUAUGUAUGACAGAAUGCGACGAGGAGGUGAUGGAUAUGAUGGUGGUUACGGAGGUUUUGAUGACUAUGGUGGCUAUAAUAAUUACGGCUAUGGGAAUGAUGGCUUUGAUGACAGAAUGAGAGAUGGAAGAGGUAUGGGAGGACAUGGCUAUGGUGGAGCUGGUGAUGCCAGUUCAGGUUUUCAUGGUGGUCAUUUUGUACAUAUGAGAGGGUUGCCUUUUCGUGCAACUGAAAAUGACAUUGCUAAUUUCUUCUCACCACUAAAUCCAAUACGAGUUCAUAUUGAUAUUGGAGCUGAUGGCAGAGCCACAGGAGAAGCAGAUGUAGAGUUUGUGACACAUGAAGAUGCAGUAGCUGCCAUGUCUAAAGAUAAAAAUAACAUGCAACAUCGAUAUAUUGAACUCUUCUUGAAUUCUACUCCUGGAGGUGGCUCUGGCAUGGGAGGUUCUGGAAUGGGAGGCUACGGAAGAGAUGGAAUGGAUAAUCAGGGAGGCUAUGGAUCAGUUGGAAGAAUGGGAAUGGGGAACAAUUACAGUGGAGGAUAUGGUACUCCUGAUGGUUUGGGUGGUUAUGGCCGUGGUGGUGGAGGCAGUGGAGGUUACUAUGGGCAAGGCGGCAUGAGUGGAGGUGGAUGGCGUGGGAUGUACUGAAAGCAAAAACACCAACAUACAAGUCUUGACAACAGCAUCUGGUCUACUAGACUUUCUUACAGAUUUAAUUUCUUUUGUAUUUUAAGAACUUUAUAAUGACUGAAGGAAUGUGUUUUCAAAAUAUUAUUUGGUAAAGCAACAGAUUGUGAUGGGAAAAUCUGUUUUCUGUAGGUUUAUUUGUUGCAUACUUUGACUUAAAAAUAAAUUUUUAUAUUCAAACCACUGAUGUUGAUACUUUUUAUAUACUAGUUACUCCUAAAGAUGUGCUGCCUUCAUAAGAUUUGGGUUGAUGUAUUUUACUAUUAGUUCUACAAGAAGUAGUGUGGUGUAAUUUUAGAGGAUAAUGGUUCACCUCUGCGUAAACUGCAAGUCUUAAGCAGACAUCUGGAAUAGAGCUUGACAAAUAGUGUAACUUUUUUCUUUAGUUCCUCCUGGACAACACUGUAAAUAUAAAGCCUAAAGAUGAAGUGGCUUCAGGAGUAUAAAUUCAGCUAAUUAUUUCUAUAUUAUUAUUUUUCAAAUGUCAUUUAUCAAGCAUAGCUCUGAAACAUUGAUGAUCUAAGAGGUAUUGGUUUCUGAAUAUUCAUAAUUGUGUUACCUGGGUAUGAGAGUGUUGGAAGUUGAAUUCUAGCCCUAGAUUUUGGAGUAAAAUCCCUUCAGCACUUGACCGAAAUACCAAAAAUGUCUCCAAAAAAUCGAUAGUUGCAGGUUAUCGCAAGAUGUCUUUAGACUAGGGUUAAGGUUCUCAGUGACACAAGAAUUCAGUAUUAAGUACAUAGGUAUUUACUAUGGAGUAUAAUUCUCACAAUUGCAUUUUCAGUUUUCUGCCCAAUAGAGCAUAUGGUUUUUAAAUAACUGUAUAAAUGAUGACUUUAAAAAAAUGUAAACAACAAGUCCAUGUCAUAGUCAAUUAAAACAAUCCUGCAGUUGGGUUUUGUAUCUGAUAUCUGCUUGGAGUUUUAGUUUAAAGAAUCUAUAUGUAGCAAGGAAAAGGUGCUUUUUAAUUUUAAUCCCUUUGAUCAAUAUGGCUUUUUUCCAAAUUGGCUAAUGGAUCAAAAUGAAACCUGUUGAUGUGAAUUCAGUUAUUGAACUUGUUACUUGUUUUUGCCAGAAAUGUUAUUAAUAAAUGUCAAUGUGGGAGAUAAU